AUCACAUUAAUUCAUUAAACACAACUUUGAAUCAAAGUUAAAUCUUAACUUAAAUAUGAGGCGCCGCUCAGGGUCAGGCACAGCCGUACGAACAUCAGCAGUAGGGCUGACGUCACUCACGGAACCCCAGUCACACGUCUCAUCACCCGGCGGCUCUCUCCGCGGGGCCCACCCUAUCUUCAAUCACAGCCCUGCGAUCCCACACAUCAACCAUCAACGGCUCAUAUAAAAAACUAGCCAUUUUAUCCAAAUCCAAAACUUGCAUUAUUACGGUGUAUAUAACCAGACCAUAAUAGUAAAAAAGAAAAGGGAGGGGGGUCGUGCCGGCUAGCCGUCGAUUACGGGAGCCGUAAGCGGGUCCCUCCACUCUCACGCUAUCUUCUUUCUUCUCUUCUCGAGUUUUGGUUUUGUUAUUCACACUUUUCAAAUGGCAUCUUCUUCUUCUUCUUCAGCUUCUCGUGAGGGACACUACAGAGGGGUUAGGAAGAGGCCAUGGGGACGUUACGCUGCUGAGAUACGCGAUCCUUGGAAGAAGACACGUGUAUGGCUUGGUACAUUCGAUACUCCUGAAGAAGCCGCCCUAGCUUACGACGGUGCCGCGCGUUCUCUCCGUGGUGCUAAGGCCAAGACUAACUUCCCCCCGGCUCCGGUCGCCGCCGCCGGAGGAAUCUGUCUCGACCUCAACGUUAACGCUCCUAACUCUGAUCAUCAUCGCUGGCCCUCCGUACCGGUUCGCGCCGGCGUUGGCGGUGGUGGAAUCUUCGGCGAGUUUCUCCACACUCGCGUUCUCAGGGACGUUGAUCUGGCUCAUCAACCGCAUCAGCCGCCUCCGCCGCAUCCGAUUCAUCAUGCGGCGGUGUUAGCAGCUAAUCACCACAGACGCGGCGAGGUGACAGUAGCGGUUGCCGGAGGAGGAGUGGAGCAGGUGGCGGGGAGCAGUCCAACGGCGUCGUAUCUAGGGCUUGUUCGGCGCGGGAUCCCGAUCGAUCUGAACGAGCCUCCACCUUUGUGGCUUUGAAGGUUGAAUAGUAGUGACUAGUGAGAUCUUGUUUUGUAGACGCUAAACGACGUAGUUUUAUGCUCCGUAUGCGUAUUCCUCCCUUGUGAUAUCUACCUUCUUUUGUUUAUUAUGCUUAUUAGUACGUAGUUUAAUUAUAACCAUGGUUGAGGCUUUGAGGGAGCAGUAGCAGUAUUAGUAGUAGUAUCUGUGUGCUUUCUUUGUUAAUCUAACAUUUACAUCUAUCACAUGGAAAUGAAAGCUUCAUGUUGUAUAUACACUUAUAUUUGCACUACUUAAUUACAUUCAGCUUCAAAAUUAUUAUAUU